CAAGAAGAUAAUCAAGAUGGCGGAAUUUUUGUGAAAAUAUAUUGAACCGAAUUUAUUUGAAACUGUUCACUUGAUGGAAAGCAACUUUUACCAGUGCUGUAGUUAACAGAAUAUUUGCAAUCGAAACUCAUUGUGGAAGACUAUGGAUAAUUUAUCAAUAAAAACAAGCUAUUAAUUUGCUGUAUUCAAGUUGGUAUUGCAUCCGAUGUUAAUUUUGAAAGGCGGUCAUGGUAAUUCAUCAGUUAUCAGAUGAGGUGAGAUGAAACUGUCAAUGUUAAAUCUAGGGUAUCUGUUCGCUAUUAUACUAUUUUUUUUGUGGUCUAUAGAGAAAUUAUUACAUUGCUAGGAAGUAUUAUUACUUGGUGUUUACAAUGCACUUCAACACUUGAAAGUAUGAAAUUUAUCGAUUUCCGACCAAUUAAAUAUCAAUGGGAUAUUUAAAAUCACCUUAAUUAUUAUAAGUUCAUAUAAGGUAUAUUAUUGUACAAAAAUAUGUCUUAUUCUCCUUUCUUUCUUUCUUUGGAGGUUUUAAAUACAUAAUAUAAUUUCAGAAAAUAUUUUGUUUAUUCUUAGUCUGUUGGCUGUUUCCUGACAUGGCUUACACAGCAGGACAAUGCAUAAAUAUUGAUGCGAAUUUGCAUUUGGAAGUCCUAUAUAUGUGAAUUAAUGUAGGCUGAUUGCAUUCACUUAACCUAACGUUACCGUACUUUGAUUCCCAAAUCAGGCAAAUCAAACUUGAUAAACACCUGUUACCAAUAGGCUGUUGCGAUAUAUCAAAAUAUCGAUAAAUUGCGAUAUUUUACUUUUCGAUAUUUCGAAAAAUAUCGAAGUUAUAUUGAUUUUUCGAUAAAUGUCAAUAAACAGUUAUGUUUUAACUCUUGUCAAUGGUAAAUUAUUGUUUUCGAGUUGCGUUUAUUGUUAGUAUUGUGAGUCUAAGGAAUUUCCUGUUUCUGUUAAUUUAUUCUUGAUGAGCUUUUAUUGCUUCAUUAAAAUGUGUCACUGUGACGAAUGUGUGUGUUUGCUGCAUGAGUCAUCGUCAAAGUUGCAAUUAGUUGCAACUCACGCAAGAGAUAGAAGAUUACAAGAAAAUCCCAACCAUAGAAGGCAACGACGACCCUCUCUAGCAUAGUUGAGGUGUCACAUAAAAAAAUUUCCACUACUAAGUGAACUGGCUCAAAAGUAUUUGGCUAUUUCUGCCAGUAGUUCAUCGUCCAAGAGACUCUUCAGCAAAGCCGGCCAAGUCAUAAGCUCACAAAGAGCACAAAUUAAAUCUGAACAAGCAAAUAUGCUAGUAUUUUUGGCAGAGAACUUUAGUGGACUUGGUUUAUAACUUUAUAAAAUGGUAUAAUGCAUAUGAUGGGACUUGUAAUAUAUUUUUAUAGUUUUGCCUUUUCAGUAAUAAUUAACCGUAAUUUAUCUGACAUUUUGACUUGUAAACGUAGUUAUGCGUGCGUUGCAAAGUUUCUAAGAGCGAGCAACUAUUAUUAUUAAAAUGAUUUAACCCGUAAAUAUAUUUUUACAAAAUGCGAAUAUAGUAUCAAUAAUUAAUUUUUUAAAUAUGAAUACUGAAAAAUAUCGAAAUGUUGAUAAUAUUGAUAAUUUUUUUUCAAUAUCGAUAUUCGAUAUUUUUUCAAUAUCGCAACAGCCUAAUUACCAAAUACACAGUGGUAAUAUUUACACACCAGGUCUUAAUAUUUAGAUGCUGUUCAUCCGGAAAAAGUGUUUUCUUCGUUCUUUAAUUUACAUGUUGAAAUAAUACCAAAUCGAUUUCAGUUGAUUUCAAGCAAUUCCUAGUGGUUUAGGAAUUCAAGUGGUUUAAUGGUUUACACACUAUUCACUUGGGAGUGAAAUUUCAAGCGUAUGUGUACGAUUUCUGCUUCCUGCAAACAAGCAACCUCGUACCCAGGGUCCCCGUAGUGGGACCCUGGCAAACUCUGAUUGCGUGACGUCACAAAUCUUGAAGAUUACGUAAUUUGUAACUUUAUGAUCCGGGGGGCGAUGGCCACUUUCACUGUGCAAGCAAACUUCGCGAAGGGCGAAUGCAAAUAAAUACAGAAUAUGAAAUAAAAGAUAUAUAAACACAAAGAUUCUUCUUACAAUUUCGUUAACCUACUGGCGGCGGCAAUCUACAUAAUUUUGCUAAUCUUGUCUAUCGAAGGGAUUCGAAGAACGGAAGAAGUAUGAAAAUUUUCCGAUUGACAAUUUAAAAAGAUGAAUCACAAUCAAAGAUUGGCUAUUUAUGAUAGAUUUCUAAAAGUCUAUUUAAUAUUGACAGGAAUGCUUUGAAUCCUUUGAUACAUAAAUUAUAGCCUAUAAUGGACUCAUUAUUGGAUAAAAAAGAUGACAACUUUAAUUAUUUUAAAGAACCUGACUGGCAAGGCUAUGCAUUACUUAAGUGUAUAAAUUGUAUGUAUAUUUUAUUAUUGAAAUACAGUUCUUAAAUUUUUAAAUUGAUUUUGUCUGUCCUUAUUUUUUUUAUCAGCAUCAUUGAUGCUGAUUUUUGAAAAUACCACUUCUAAAGCACAUGUCUAUGUUAUUAUAUUGUGGAAUUUUUCAAUUUGACAUGCAUGUAGAAAUUUUAAAUAUAUAAUUCAUAUAAUUAUGAUGUACAGUAAUGUGUAAACAAAAUCCUCAUAUAGUUUAUACUUGUAUUAAUAGGGAUUGUCGACAAAUAAAUUGUCCUUCAAUUGCAGACUUGUUCUGCGAUUGUUUCAACCCCCUUUCCCAUCACGGAUGAGUGGAGGUCUAUAUGUUCAUUGUAGUUAAAUUUUAUAAUAGAUAUAGUACAAUCUUAUCUACAAACAUGCAUGCUUUGCCGUCCAGCGGCUGUGAUCAAUGCAGCUUAUUUGUAUGAUAUAACACCCUUUCCCACUUUUAUUGGACAAGUUCGCAAAUGAAAAACAAAAUCUAUUUAUUGUCAGCCCCCCCCCCAAAGCGAUCUUUAUUCAAUAUGAACAACCCAGCUCAAAAUGUGACAAGGAAAAGCUUGGGCUUGUUUGUCUUAUACUAUACAUACUGGCAAUAGAUCACUCAAAAAUAGAAACUAUAAUAUAUAACUAACAUAACAAAUUGUAAUUGAACUUGUACCUAUUUCUCACAAAGGUCAGUAAUUAUCUUAAAAAAAGUACUGGUAUAUGCAUGCUGCAUAUCCUGAAUUUCAAAGCUCACAAACAUAUCUUCAGCUGACAUAAUAUGGUCACAUUUUGAAACAACUAACUCAACGCAAACUGCGAUUGUCAGGUUACCAAAUAAUCAAAAAUCUUUGACCUGGCCUUUUUUGGCAAUGGCAUACUGGGGGGGGGGACUCAAAAUCAAAAAUAUUUUACAAAUAUAAGUUUUUAUCAAAGUCAGCUGUUUAAAAUUUGGCUGGCAUUUAAAUUUUAACCCAUUGAGUCGCAUUGCGUGCCCUACUUUAUUAUUUUACUCUGUUCAACACCAGAAUGAUCAGAUGAUUUUACUCAUCAAGGGGAGAUCAUGCUGGGCGCUUAAUGGUUAACUGGCCUAACUGCCCAUGUGUCCAGUUAACCCACUGAGUCGCAUUGCGCCCUACUUUACUAUUUACUCUGUCUAAUGCCAGAUGAUUCAACACCAGAUGAUUUUACUCAUCAAGGGGAGAGUGCUGCCGCAUAAGGGGUUAACCAAUAUGUUUGAUCUUGGUACAUGAUUUAUUAAAUUUUGAUAUCACAAGUAAUAUUUUGAAGUGGAAAGUCAUUCAAUUACUGGCUUAUAUAGAAGAAUUUGAACUCAUGAUCCACCACGGAAAUGUAUAAAUCUAUAUGCUAUACUGCAAAGCUCUGGAUAAAAAAAAAAACACUAUCAGGUAGUGUAAUACUACCCUUAUGUAACAAAUAUAUUCUCAUACUGCAUAUAAUGUUUACUCAAACUUAAAUAUUAUUUACUGUAUUAAUAUAAUAUAUAAAUUAAACAAUAUAUUAAUUAAUAAUUUAACAACUUGACUAUUCAAUUCAGUUUUGAAAUUGCUAUAACUUUAAUUUUCAAUUUGUCUGAUACUUAGUCAUCUUGGCAGUUUGAAUAAUAAUUAUGGUGUAAAUGUUUUCAAACAAUGAUAGGUUCUAUGGUUUAAACAUGAUAGAGCUAGCUGUGUUCUUGAUGCAACUGCAUGAUCAUCAUGCAAAGAUGGUGAUGGCUAAUUAAGAAACAACAUCAACAAGAAGAGACUCCUCUUGUACUUCAAGUCAUCAAAUUCUUUUCACAAAAUUUUGAACAAGGUCUCAGAUCUAAGAUGUGAAGAGACUAAGUAAGUAAUAAUGGUACAGGACCCGAAGAAGAUCAAACCAUUUGAGAGAAAGCCAAGGUACGCCAACAAGUGGACUUUAAAAUUGACAUGAAGUCUUUCCAUGGCUUGAAAAGCAUAGCAUAAGAAGCCACAAAUUGCAAUGAGAAAGAACAAUUUGUAGACAUUCAAAUUUGAGUAAACAUUAUAUACAGUAUGAGAAUAUAUUUGUUACCUAAUGGUGGUAUUUAACACAGUACCUGGUUUUUUUAACCAGAGCUCGGUAUAUAGAUUUAUAUAUUUCCAUGGCAUGAUGGCGGAUCAUGAGUUCAAAUUCUUCGAUAUUAACCAGUAAUUGAAUGACUUUCCACUUCAAAUAUCACUUAUGAUAUCAAAAUUUGAUAAAUCGUACGACAGGUGCAAUAAAAAUCCUUUUAAACAGCUGACUUUGAUAAAAACUUGCAGUUUGUGAAAUAUUUUUUAUUAUGAGUCCUCCCCCCCGUUAUGCCAAUGCUAAAAAAGGCCAGGUCGACAAAUACUCCAAGAUUUUUGGAUUAUUUGGUAACCUGGCAGUCAGAGUUUGCCAGGGUCCCUCCACGUGCACCAGAACCUUUAAACACGGGGACCCUGGGUACGAGGUUGGCAAACAAGUGGCCAGAAUGGUUAGGAUAAGGACCAGUUAUGGUUAUGGUACUGUUAGGGUAAAGGGUUAGGAUACGGAGCAGGUUCAGGAAAAAAUUAUCCAUAAUAUGUGAAUGUUGUAUGUACACAUGUGUAAUUUAUUAUGUCAGAUCUAUAGUCAUAGAAUGUAAGUUCCAAUGUCAGAUGAAUAACCAUGGUAUACAAAAUGGUGGGGAUUGGAAAUAUAUUUGCCUAAUCAAUCGACGAUACCCAACAAUGUCCUUGGCUCCUUGCAAGCAGAAGUUGCACAGAAAAAUGGCCAUGUUGCUGAUUAUUCAUCGUACAGCAUUUGUGGGCUUAGUCAAAAUUUUUGCAUGCUUUUUAUAUUGCUUUACUUUGACUUAUUUGCAACAAGUUUAAAGUGUUUUUAAUUAUUCUUGAGUCACCUAAGACUGAAUUUGGGUUUUAGCCUUUUCUUAUUAACCCAUUGAAUGGCAGCACUCUCCCGAAGAUUGAGUAGUCUGAGUAUAAUUGGUUGGCAUUAGACAAAAUGAAAUAAUAAAGUAAGGUGCAUCUGGAUGCAUUGCCACUAAAUUAAAGGAUUAUAACCUCAAAAUAUUACCAACAAAAUAAAAAACUUUGCUUACUAUUUCAUGAAAUCAUGUUGCAGUUUGCCUCUACCUCUUCAAUGGAGUAAUAUUUAUCGACCUUAAAAAAGCAUUCGAUACUAUUGAUCAUCAGAUAUUACUGCGGAAGCUUCGAAUUUACGGUAUGGAUCAAUUAAGUCUCGAAUGGUUUCAGUCUUAUUUGACCGGUGGAUCUCAGAAAUGUAAUGUUAGAGGUUGCUUGUCAUCAUCUGCAUCAGUUACACGUGGUGUACCGCAGGGAAGUAACUUAGGACCAUUACUCUUCCUUGUGUAUAUUAACGACCUUCCUAAUUGUCUCAGUGCAGCAGUACCGAGAAUGUUUGCUGAUGAUACGAACAUUAGUUAUGCGGCCAACACUAUCGCCGAACUAGAAAAUGUUAUUAAUUCGAAAUUAAAAAAUUGAAAAGCUGGUUGGAAGCGAACAAAUUAAGCCUUAAUAUCGCCAAGACAGAAUUUAUGAUAAUAGGAUCUCGACAACGUAUGCAUGCGCACACUAACGAAAAUAUCAAUAUUGACCUGGAUGGUCAUGUGAUUAAACAAGUUGAUGAGGCAAAAUCACUAGGUGUAAUUAUUGAUAAAAAUCUGUCUUGGUCUAAACACAUUGAUAUGAAGUGUAAAAAGAUUUCUUCCGCUAUAGGUGCUCUUAAGCGAAUAAAACCAUUUAUAUCAACUGAAACAGCAAUCCAAAUUUACAACGCUAUAAUUCAACCUUACUUUGAUUACUGUAGUCCCAUUUGGGACGAAUUUGGCGCAACAUUAUGUGAAAAAAUGCAAAAAUUGCAGAAUAGAGCUGCUAGAGUGAUUACGAAAUCCAACUACGAUGUCAGCUCUAGCAUUCUCUUAGAGAAACUGCAUUGGGACAAUCUUUCCUUACGUAGGAAAAAGCACAAGUCUAUACUAAUGUUUAAAACUAUCAAUAAGCUAACGCCAGAGUAUUUACAAAACAUGUUUACAUUUCGCAGUACAGAUUAUAACUUAAGAAAUGCAGAAAUGAAGUUAAAUUUACCAAAACCACGUACGGACUUUAUGAAGCGUAGUUUCUGCUACAGUGGAGCAAGUUUAUGGAAUGCGCUUCCUCAAACUGCACGUACGUCCAAAUCAUUGAGGCAUUUCAAAAAUGAAAUUAAUCAAUUUUUGACAUUAUAAUGGGAUCCCCACACGGCAAUCUUGGAAAACAGUGCAUUUUAGUUAGGAAAUUAGUGUGUAUAUAGUGAUGUGUGAAAUUUAUUAAUAGUUUUUGUAUUUUAUUCUACACUGAAGAUUUUACCGUGUUUAAAUAAAUGUUCAAUGUUCAAUGUACAAUAUGUGUAUGCUCAAUUAAGAUUUGCUCAUUUGUGGCUGCAAUUUGUGAUUGAUGAGUAAAGUCAUUUUGCAUUUUGAGUAAAUAACAAUGUAGAGCCCAUUUGUACAGAUUAUGGCUUCAUGGGAUAACAAGAUGCAGGGAUGUCAUAUGUGACCUACCUCCUCCGUGGGCCGAAAUGAAUUCCCUAAUUUCGUAAGGCAAAGUAUGCUCCACUAAUUCCUCAAACUUCAACCUUUGUUAUCGUUCGGCUUUUCCCAAACUGACAAGACAUCUGAAGAAAAAGGAACAAAAUUCUAUUUUACUGCAGACUGAAAGUUUAGUCAGUCUGUGCUUCUUAUAGUUCCCAUUGUAAUUGGAUCUUAAAUCGUUUUAAAAUAAUGGCUUGAGUGAACUUGAUUUUAGCAAUUACUGUAUACAAACAGUACAAUGUUUGGUUUGUUACCAUUAGGUACAUAUAUGUACAUUGUAUCAACAUAUUCUCUGUAUAUGUAUUUAUUAAAUUAAUUGAAGAAAUUGUACUGUAUCUCAUAUGCAAAUGAAGACAUUUAAAAUAUUUUAAAAAUACAGUGAGACUACCUCGUUUAGUUUGUGGAGUGUGCUAAUCAUCCAUACUGUACCUCCAGCUGAAAUAAAUUACGAAGGACAUUGUUGGGUCCAUUUAAACAAGUCUUUAGUGUCUUGUGUCAGACAUGAUCUGAGAGGUGAAUGGCACUUGAUCUAAUAACUGCAUCAACAAAGCCCCCUGGAAACACCAUACUGCAUAGAGGUUCUUAAAUCUGUGAAACAAGCAGCCAGAUCUAGUCAUACUAUACCUAAAAUGUUCAUUAUUUUAUAUCAAGAUUUUGUUGACAUCACACUCGAUUGAAUAAUAGUUGAAGGGCCUUGUAGAUGGAAAUUAUCAAGUGAAGUAGAAAUUUAUACAUUUAUUAGAUCUAACCGGGAAAAGCUGUGAAAGAUGCAACCAUACAGUGUGUCCCUGGCAAUAAUUGAACCUGCGGUCCUGCGAUUCCGGUGCAGCGCUCUAACAACUGAGCUGCAGAGUCCUAGUAUAUAUACAUGAACUUGUGGUUAGAACUUGAUUCCUGCCAGGGACCAAAAGUUGCAUUUUUCGCAACUGUUCCUGGUUAGGUCUAAUAAAUGUAUAUAAAUUUCCACUGGAUAAUUUCCAUCUACAAGACCCUUCAACUCAUUAUUUUAUAGUUGAACUUCCCUCUGAGAACUGCCAUGCUACUCAGUGCAUUUUUUAAGGAUUUUUCAGUGGUGGGGCAAAACUGCCAAAAGGCCCAUUUUCUUUGCCUUCCCCCCAGGAUAGUAUGAGAUCGCCGAAGGUGUGAGCCGAGUACCACAGGCACGAGUUAGCUAGGGGGAUCUGGGGCAUACCUCCCAGGAAAUUUUUAAAAUUUGGCAUAAAAUAAAAUAGCAUUAGAAAUAGCAUUUCCUGCAUUCUGAGAACACAUUUUAAAAAAAUCUCAAAACACAGGCGGCUCAAUCUCGCAAGGGUCAGUAUAAUAAUGUAUAUUAUAGUAAAAAUAUGUCAUAAAAUAUAAAUUAUACAAUGAAAUUGACUUGCCCACUUGAUAGCCUUGAUAGUGUGUAUUCUCCUCUUAUUCCUCUUUUGUUGGACUAAUAUUUUACAAAGUCUUGGAAAAUAUUAGACAUAGUCCAACAAAAGAGGAAUAAAAGGAGAAUACGCACUAUCAAAUAGGCAAGUCAAUUUCAUUUUAAAAUUUAUAUUUUAUGACAUAUUUUACAAUAAUAUAUAUUACGAUACCGACCCUUGCGAGAUUGGGCCACCUGUGCUCAAAACAAAGUUUUAAUGGUGAAAUUUGUAAUAAAUAAUAGUUUUUAAUCAGUGUACUCAAAUAUUUUAGUUUCUUUCCUUCCUAGCCUACCUGGAUUAGAUAAUUUGUCGACUACCUGACGAAUGGGGGUGUUAACACCCACACCCAUCCACCACCCACCCGUUUAGCACCACCCUUUACUGCUCUGACUUUUAUAAGAUGGAAUGUCGAGAAUUUGAGAGGAUAUGAGAAAGCAGGCAGAUGCAGCUUUUUCAACAAGAAUUACUUUUUACUAAUGAUCAAAAGGGCCCAGUUCAUCUGAGAAUCUUGCUUCACUACUGGGGCAAACAAAGGGCCUACUGGGGUAAAUGCCCCAGUAGUUAUAUAGUUAAAAAAUGCCCCGAUGCUACUAUUGAUUCAUAUAGUGCAUGUUCACACAAGUUUACUGAAUGUGCAUAGUCAGAGCGAUUAUACAGACUGUCUUGAUGGCUAAUGCAAUGCUUUUCAGUGUCUGCAACACUACAGUAUAACAAACUCAUUUUGGUGUAUGAUGUACUGUAUUAAUUAACCUCUAGUUAUUUAAACUUUUAUAGUCACCAAUAGUUCAGGCAUGUUUCCAAGGUGAUGCUGUGGAACUUCGUUCUCUCAUAACCAGGAAAGAAGAUGUUAAUUCUUUGGUAAAUACCACUAACAGUUUUAUUUAGUAAACUAGAGACUUUUUGUCAUGUAUUGAACCACACAUUCUAACAUGGUAUUGGACAGUACAUUGUGUUUGUAUUGCAAAUUUUAAAGCAGUUUCAUACAGUAUUUUCUACAUGGUACAAAGAAAAAUUUACCAAGGCUUCAGUGGCUAUUUAUAGAGGUGUGCAUCGGAUCGGAUUGGACGUUUAUAAUCGGACAAUUGCCUAAUGCUUAAAAUCCGAUCCGAAGUUGUCUAAUCCGAAUCCGAUCCGAUCCGAGUUCUGAUAAAGAAUUCCAAUCCAAUCCGAUCCGAAGAAUUCUUUAAUAAAAUAAAUUUCUCAUUGAAGUUGAAAUAUUUAACCAAAUAAAUAUAAAAGCAAGAAAUACAUGUCAAGAAGCUGACAAAGUGACGUCCAAUUGAACUAUCAAACGAAUAAUGCAGCGACAACCGCGAUAAUGCUUUGAUAAAUGCAUGGAUAAUUAAUUCUUGCGAUAAUGCGUGGAUAAUUAAUUCAUUUUAUUUCGGAUAUCGAAGUCCGAUCCGACUACGAAACAACUUUAUCAAUCCGAUCCAAAAUGAAUAUUUUGGUUCCGAAAUCCGAACGAAUCCGAUCGGUUUCGGAUCGGAUUUGCAUACCUCUAGUGGCUAUGCCCCUACAGAACCCUACUUUUUAGGGAAUUCCACUUCCCUAAAAAUAUUCAAAAAUAGACUGUAGAAUUAAUUUGUUAUGUAUAUAGCUUUAAUUUCUCAUUCUCUUUGUAAAGAUUGUAAAUAAUUCAAAUGUUACCGUGCCUGGGAAGAUCAUCACAUUUUCGAUGACAGGCCUCCGUGCCUAAAUAAAGUUCACCAUUCACUAAAUACUAGUUUCAGUAGUUUGCACAUGAAUUGAUUGUAACUAGUGUAGUUUCCACCUGUCCUGAAAUUAUUCAUUUCACGUAUACUGUAUUCAAUACAACACGGACGCGAGUUGUAUUGAAUCAGGGCUUGAAUAUAUAAAACUCCGUCAGUGUUGUAUUGAAUAUACUGUACAAUAUGUGAAAUGAAUCAGUUCCCAUACAAACUAGUUACAAACACUCGUGAAACACUCGUGGUUGUAUCACAAGUUAAAACCACUAUAGUGCUUGUAACGAAUUAACAUUUUCGGCAUGAUUUCAUUUGUAUGGAGUUUACUACAAGUAUACUACAAGUCACGUUGUGUUUGAAAUUUGAUUGGGUGCAAACCUCAUCAAUUAUUCAAUAUAUUUCACGAACACAGUAAUGAUAAAAUAUAACAGAACAAGUUCUGUUCCGUCAUAGGAUCAUGAAAGACGAAGUCCACUGCAUGCUGCAGCUUACUUAGGAGAUAUUGAAGUUCUUAAUACUUUAAUUGUUAAUGGUAAGUACCAACUUUUUUGUUUUACAAUAAUUGCGGGUGCGGAUAGCGGUGGGCAAAUGUGAAAAUGCGGAUGAGGGAGCUGGAAGAUACGGAUGAGCGGAACCAAAUGCGGGAAAUUCAAUAGAGUCGCUCAUGUGCAACCAUCCGUAUUUUGCCGACACAAUUUCUCGCGAAGAAUUUCGCCUUAAGACUACGGAACAAUGACGUCACGUUUUACGCCUGUUCACACUGUUCGCGAAACGAGCUCAAAUAGUGAAAACAAUUUUAGAAAUAAAAAAUAAUAAAAAUAAUGCUACAGUAAAGUGAAAAAUAAUAAAACCCCCGCUACUAACUUCCUGAGGAUGGGCUUUCGCUCGAAACGUCGAAUUUCGCUAGUUUGUAUUUUUUAGGUAGUUGCAUCCCUAUACCUACGAAAGUUUGACGUUUUCAAACCAUUUCGCUCCCGUGUAUUGUGAACGCGACUGCUAAAACUUGACUGCUAAUAGACAAUUCCAGCUAUCGACUAACUUUUUAUCUAGACAAGAAAUAUAUCAUUAUAGCUCAAAAGAGCAUCCUAAAAUGAGUAAAAUUGCAAAGUUUGGUUGCGAAAUGUUGUAAAAUCCGGAAAAUAUAGCCCUGUGAAAUUAGCAAAUUUUGAGUAUUUUAGUAUUACGCGCGGUAAAAAUAACCAUUUUUGAGCCGAAAGUGGUUAUUUUUACCGCGCGUUAUAUACUAAAAUACUCAAAAUUUCUAAUUUCACAGGGCUAUAUAUUUUCCGUAUUUUACAACAUUUCGCAAACAAACUUUACAAUUUUACUAAUUUUAGGAUGCUGUUCUAAGCUAUAAUGAUAUAUUUCGUCUUUCUUGUCUAGAUAAAAAAUUAGUCGAUAUACAGUAGCUGGAAUUGUCUAUUGAAAAAACUAAUUUGGAAAACAAUUAUGCAUAAUUCAAGUUCAGUAAACUCAAUGUUUUUAACAAUAAAAAUGUUUUAAAAUAUUAAAAACAUUAAGUUUGCUGAUCUUGAAUUGUGCAUAAUUGAUUUUCCUAGUUAGUUUUUUCAAUUAAAAGGACUGAAAUGCGCCUUAAAAACCAUCAUUCAAAAGGCUGAACUGUGCCUUUAAUUUGAUGCAGCUACAGUAUAAAAUAGUUGAAUAACAUUUUUUUUUCUAGGAUCACGGGUGAAUACUAAGGAUACUAGAUGGUUAACUCCACUUCACAGGGCUUGUGCUUCUGGAAACACUGUAUGUUUAAAUUGAGCUAAUUUCAUGUUAUUCCUCACAAUAAUAGACGACAGUGCAGAACAAUUUACGAAGAUCGCGUUCAUUCUCACUUUAAGCUGGUUUUCCAUUAAGCAAAUUUGUUUGCGCGCGAAGCGAACCAAAAACAGCUUUCUGUAAUGUGAUUGAUUAGCGAAAAAAUUACAUUGCCUGAAAUUGUGUUUGCUAUACUUAUACUUCGCGUAUAAUCCAUUUCGCCCAGUGGAAAAUCAGCUUCAGCCUUUCUUUACUGUGCUACUGUAAUUUACAUUAUGUUUUGUACUCAUGUCAUUCAAACUAUGAGUCAGUGUCGUAGACAGCUUUUACAAUACAACUCAUCCUCAUGUGUAAAGUAGGAAACAAACUCCAAAUAGAAGUUCCAUCUUGAAACUUAAUAUUUAAGUACUAGAGCAAGAAGAUACAAUAUUCAACAGUUAUAUUUCGAAUUUAUUGCAAAUUUAAGACUACUACGCCUUCAUUCUUAAGUUUGUACCAGCGUAAGUACGCGGCAAUAACCAUUGGAGUACUAGUCAGGUACGACUAAAAAUUGUGCAUUAUUGCAUCCUGCUGAUUGGUUAAUCGGAUAUAUAAAUUAAUGGUAGCGGUAGCGGAAAUCAAAUCUGAACCUCUCAGAAGUGGAAAAGAUAUUGUUUUUUUCCUGUAAUUUUUGAAAAGCCACGGGAAAUUUUAGGGAAGAUUUGUAACUUGGUAAUUUGAAGAGAAACCCAACACAAAUGUCUGCACAUGCACAACACGUCUUCGAAGACAAGCAUUGGGACGCCACGGAAAUAUUUCGUGCACUAGGUCUAGGACUCGCUGCCAAUCCCCGUCGACGUGAUAGCUCAAUCGGUAGAGCGGCGGUCCUGAAAUCUGAAAAUGCUAUAGUUCGACCCUACAUUCGAGUGACAUUCUCUGCAGUGCCAACGUAAUAUGAAAAACUUUUUAAAAUACUACUACUUGUUCAUUUGUUGCAAAUACAUUACGCAUGUUACGAGAAAAGACCCCCAAUGUUUGAUAAAAAAAUUAUCGAGAUAUAAUGAGUUGUACUGUUUUCCACAUGUAGUUCUAAUAUUUUUCUGUUCAGGAUUGUGUGAAGUCGUUAGUUAAACAUCAAGCUGAUGUGAAUGCGAGGGACAAGAACUGGCAAACACCUUUACACUUGGCAGCCGCAAAUAACCAUGUGAAAUGUGCUGGUAAGUACUACUACGUGAAAUUAUCUGGUUAAACUGUUCAGGACAUGGUAAAUUAGACAUCUAUAACAUUUAUUAUAAUAAUUUAUUUAUGUCAUUCACACAUGGUAUUGUUGCCGGAUGCUUUAACAACAAAGGAUCAGUGUAGUAGUUUUUGGUGAGGAAGGAAAAAAUCGUAGUAGAAGCAGCGAAGAAGAUUCGUAGUAGAAGUAGCGACGAAGAUUCGUAGUAGAAGUAGCGAAGAAGAUUCGUAGAAGAAGUAGCGAAGAAGAUUCGUAGUAGAAGCAGCGAAGAAGAUUCGUAGUAGAAGUAGCGAAGAAGAUUCCUAGAAGAAGUAGCGAAGAAGAUUCGUAGUAGAAGUAGCGAAGAAGAUUCGUAGUAGAAGUAGCGAAGAAGAUUCGUAGUAGAAGUAGCGAAGAAGAUUCGUAGUAGAAACAGCGAAGAAGAUUCGUAGUAGAAGUAGCGAAGAAGAUUCGUAGUAGAAGUAGCGAAGAAGUUUCGUAGUAGAAGUAGCGAAGAAGAUUCGUAGUAGAAGUAGCGAAGAAGAUUCGUAGUAGAAGUAGCGAAGAAGAUUCGUAGUAGAAGCAGCGAAGAAGAUUCGUAGUAGAAGUAGCGAAGAAGAUUCGUAGUAGAAGUAGCGAAGAAGAUUCGUAGUAGAAGUAGCGAAGAAGAUUCGUAGUAGAAGUAGCGAAGAAGAUUCGUAGUAGAAGUAGCGAAGAAGAUUCGUAGUAGAAGUAGGGAAGAAGAUUCGUAGUAGAAGUAGCGAAGAAGAUUCGUAGUAGAAACAGCGAAGAAGAUUCGUAGAAGAAGUAGCGAAGAAGAUUCCUAGUAGAAGUAGCGAAGAAGAUUCCUAGUAGAAGUAGCGCUAUUCACAGUGGCGUAGCCAGCCCGACAAUUUAGUCCCGCUAUGCAUAUUCAAAAUUAUUAUCAUUAUUAAUUUCUUUAGAAAUUGAUUGUUUUCACAGUCUAUGAACACGAAAAUAUUUGCAUAGCGGGACUAAAUCAUAGUGCUGGCUAUGCUACUGGCUAUUCAUGCACCGGAUAGUGAUUUUUUAAUCUUUCUAACAAUGCUUGAACAAGUUGUGGAACCGUGGAUUUGGACCUCGCAAUUAAUAAAAAGAAAUUGUAAUUUAUAAAUACUAAAGUUUAAUCUGGAUUAUACCAAUCAACGAAAAUUUUAAGAAGCUUGAAAAAAAUCACUAUCCGAUGGAUAACGUGCUAUUUGGCCUUCGUAAAACCGGCCCCUGGAGGAAAACGUUCGAAGCGCAGGAGCAAACCAACAACUACUCUAUUUAUAUGAACUGUCAAGCACAUUAAGUCUGAAGCAUCCGGGUUAACCACAUCGGUGUCGGUCAGUGUUUUGAAAAGAGUUACUUAUUCCUCAUCUUCCAACUAUUUUAGAGUUACUUAUUCCUCAUCUUCCAAAUGUCAACAUAACUGACCGCGCUGGUCGGACUAGUUUGCAACAUGCAGUUUGUAAUGGACACGUAGAGGUAAAGUAUGUUAUAAUAACUACAGUGAAACACGCAAUUGCCUGUCUGCGUGUAAAUGUGGGACGAACGACAAUGGAAAACCGGCUAUUUCGUUACUCGUAUAAUUAGUGGAUUUUCGCAGCGAAACCAAGUAUGCGCAUACUCUGGGCCUACCAAAAAAAUCUGGGGUUCCCCUUUCAUAUCCUGAAAAAAAAUAAGAUUGGUAGUAAGGCGUUGGAAACUAUUUUUUAAAAUAUUUUUUUCUUUGGCAUCGGUCAGCAAUGUUGGCCCUGAGUGUGCGCAAUAACUGUGGGCAACGCCGUUUUUGGUGUCACAUUAGGGGGCUUAAGAUACACCAAAUCUACGACGCGGACGUGACGAAAAACUGCCGCUAUUAUUAUCACAGUUUCACUUCACGGGUAAAAACUAUGGAUUGUUGUUGGUAAACAAAGUCAGGGACACGAGAAAAACAAAGUAAGACUAGUCUCCAAUUAUUAGCGACUGUUUUUUAGUCGCGUCCUGGUACAUCUUAAGCUCGCUAUUGUAUCAUAAAGCGAGCAACGAAAAAAUAGUGUCAGUAUAGGUAAGCAAACAGCCCAACCACAUCCAAAAACAUCAGGGUCAGCCGAAAAAAUGAAAGUUGAACGGGAAACCAGAACCACGCAUGGAUAUUUUCUGUUAGGCCUUUUACAUAACUAUUGCCAGUAUGAGUCACGUAUAUGUGUCACGCUUUUCUAGCUGGUUCGUUUGACGAAUGAUUCGUCUCCAGUAUAAUUCGGACCAUUUCCCCCACACAUAAUGCCAAAUUAUAAUGUCUGUAAUCGUAUGUUUUCAAGAUGGUUAAUGCGUUAUUGUGCAACGGAGCGAACGUAAACAGUGCAGAUAAGAGAGAAAAACGAGCGAUACAUUGGGCAGCAUAUAAUGGUGAGAAUCAUAGUAUCAUACCUUGUCAUUGUUUUAGGCUACGUGCACGAGAGACCGUACUCAAAUUUGCACAAUUUCGCCUUGCAUGGACACAUGAAACGGACGAAUUAGAGUACUACUGUUCCGAUUCAAUUCCCGUGUGAACAAAUGGAACCGAACGAAUUUUUGUAAUAGAGAGGUUAAGAUACCCCAGGUAGCAUGAUUUUGGUUAGCAAUAAUUUCGUCGAUGUCUGUACCUGUGCAUUAUAUCAUUGUCUAUUGCAAGAAAACAGAAAAAGUAUGAUCGAAUUACAGACAUCAGUAAAACAAGAUGACACUACUCGUACCCGUACACCGAAACCGGGGUAUCUUAACCUCUACUAUUGCGAAUUCGUCCGGUCUCUUGUAUAUGUAGGCGUAUUUUAGUUAAAGGCUAAAAUUAUAUACAUUUUUAUACCUAACCAGGAGCAGUUGCGAAAAAUACAACGACUGCAUGUACAGUACUGUGUAGCUGCCUCGUCCCCAGGCGCUAAUAAAGAAAUUCAUUCGAGUCACUAUAUGAAAGGUUUACAUGAAGUAGUGCAUCAUGACGAACAAGCGCAGGGAGUUAUGGGCUUGAGCCACUGUCCUUUGCGCGCGCCUAUAAUGUGACGCACUACUUCAUGUAAACCUUUCAUAUAGUGAUUCGCAAUUUUUUUAAUUAGCGCCUGGGGACGAGGCAGACUGUGUAGGGUCUUCUUGUAGAAAUCGAACCUGCGGCCCUGUCCAGCGCUCUAACAAACCGAGCUACAGAGUCCAGUUGCUGAGCAUUGUUGAUAUUCCAUUUAGUUUGUAUCAAUGUACAAACUAAAUAGAAUUACAUUGGUACAAACUAAAUGGAAUAUCAUUGGUACAAACUAAAUGGAAUAUCAAUAAGGCUCAGCAACUGGACUCUGUAGCUCGGUUUGUGAAAUUGUAACCGUUUUCAGUAUUUACUCUGAAGGCAUGUAUGUCACAAACAGUUGAUUAUACAGUAUCAAGCCCUGGACCUUUUCUCAUUCGCGAGCACUUUGAAUGGGUUUACGCACACAUAGGGGCUUAGUCACGAUCUUGUCUUUUUGUACCCCAACACACAGAGGUACAGUACCAAGGGGCACAAGAAAAAGCUCGGGACAAUGGGUUCUUCUGGAAAGAAAUUUCACACCAAGUAUCGUAUAGUGGAUGAUGUGUAUAGUGGCUCUCUGGGCACUGUCUGAUAUUUAACAAAUAUAAAACAUUUUUCGUGUUGAUAUCAACAUGAGUGGAAAAAUGUUUUAUAUUUUUUUGUAAUAUAGCAUAAAGAAAAAUAAAGAAAGAUAUUUUCCGUUUUGACAUUGAGUUAUGUCAACACGGCUCUUCGCCAAUCAGCGUUCGAAUUUACAAAUGCUAUAUGAUCUAAUCAAUCAAUCAAUCAAUCAAUCAAUAAACUUUAUUUACAGAGGGUUAAAAAUAUUACAUAGCUAAUAUACCUGGUAAGUCAAAAGACUUAUCUUCCUCAGGGCCCUCGCUAUUUUAGUUAAAAAUAUGAGUUGAAGUUAUUUACAAUAGAGAGAAAUAUUAUCAGUUACUAGUUAAAAAAUAAUUUGUUAAAAAUUUCCUCUUAAAGUCGUUUAGAGAUACAUUUUCUCUAAUGUUUGAACUUAAUGUGUUCCAUAUCUUUACACUACUGUAUCCAAACGUAUUUGUAUAUAUCUGUUUAUGUUUUCCUGGAGGCAAUUACAGAUCAUUUGCAGAGCUUGAUCGGGUUGUCUUUGUGUGAACUUGUCUGACAAACCUAAACAUAUUUGUCAUAUAAUCCGGACAUAAAUAAUUGAGACUUUUGUAGACCAUAAUAGCUUUACGGUAUUUAAAUAUGUUUGAAGCGAAACCAGGAUUACAAAAUUGUAAUCCACCCGUUGAAGACUGCAGACUGGCAGUCGAAAGCUCGUAAUAAUAAAUAUUUAAAAACCAGAGAACGUCUAAAAACUUAUUAGCUUUACGGUACUUAAUACGAUCCUCGAUAGACAUCCAGUUUAAUGUUAAAUACAUGUUUUUACUGGGGUAACGAUUAUCCGUGAUCCGAUUAUCCGUCUAAAAUUACCCUGGCUGCUCUUUUUUUAGUCUCCUAUGCAGACCUACUUUAGCGGGUUUAGGCCCGCCACGUACGGUCUGCUUACUUUCGCUAGCAAUUCGCCUUCCCAUUGUAUUCCAUUAGCCAAUAGCAUUCAAAUACACAAGACACGCCCACUUUGAAUGUCAACUGUAAAGUGUAAACAAGGAGCGUGCGAUAAUCGAAUAAUAAUACGGUAUAUACGUAUUUAAAUGGCCUUAAAUGUGAACAGAUCGAGUUUUCUGAUCAGUAGCAGUCGAAGUAGAAAAUAUUGAAUAUUUUUCCAACGAAUGUACGCGAUAGGUCGAAGGCUUAAAUGUAUAUAAAGCUAUUCCCUGGUAACACUUGUUUUGAACUUGACGCGACUGCGUGACGGCAUGUAUUAUAUUCAAUAUAUACUAUUAACAAUAUAUAUAUCAUUAAUAAUUCAUGAAGAAAACACAAAAGAAAUCGUGGGCGUGAAGGAGUCUGUAUAUGUGAUACGGAUUCAUGUUGAUUUACAUAAACUUUAACUUUGAUUUUCUCGGCUUAGACUACGUUUAUUUUUAAAAUUACUUCGCCAAUGAACUCAUAAGAUGAGUCGUUUUCGGCUCGAGUUUGUAUAUCCGAUACAACACGGCCGCUCAUGUUGUAAAUAGUACUAAGUUUCCGAACGUUCAAUAUCAGAGCGACUUUUGUAAUUACGAUUUUAUUAAACGUUAUAAACUGGCUAGUCAUAUACAAACUUAGAAACCGAAAUAUGCAAUGAAUCAAUUCAGUAUUUUAUAUAGACUGAAUUCUGUCGUCUUCAAUUAGUAUUUAUAAAUCUAUUACCCGCAGUAAUGUACACUGUAACUUUAAAACUUUGUCUUGACGUCUUUGUCCAGUAUAUUACCCGUGUUACAGUAACACCUGCAAACGCUUGUAAAGUAAUCAAAACAUCGCGAAAUAUUUUAGGUGAUAUUGUUCGAUUUUUCUACACUGUCUGUUCAAAACAAUAUAGCUCGACAAAUUCUAACAGUUUUACAAUUGUUCCAUAUUGUAAAUUUGUAGACUGGUAUAUCGGUAUAACAAAUAUAUCUCUCAGCUCUCGCAUAUAUAAUCGGUUUAAGAUAUGAAUUCGUACAAAUGAAUAUAUAAAAUGUUCAAGAUUUAAUAAAUGUUUUGAAAUGUUUAACGACCCAAGCCUCAAGGUCAAAGCCAAAGGUCAAGCCCCACAAUUUUCGUGGGUAAAGCUGUGAUUGGCUAAUUUUGAGGAAAGGAAUUCUUGGCCAAAGUAAGCAUACCUUACGUGAGGGCUCAGCCCGCUAAGUAGGUAUGCGUAGGAGACUACUCUUUUUUGAGCUAAAUUGAUCUUCUUAACAUGAGGUGAACCACCCCAAACAAUGGAACAUAUCGUUUAAUUCUACGAAGGAACAUAUCGUUUAAUUCUACGAAGUAGAGCUAUACUCCUAUUUAUCUUUGAAACAGUGGUGUUUAUAUGAUCCUCCCAGGACAGAUUAUGAUUCAUAGUGACGCCAAGUAACGGUUUUGAAGUAACGUUUUCCAGUGCUAUAUCGUUAAGGCUUACGCACAGAUCUUCAUUUUGUGGUAUGUGAAGCCGUUUUUGCCACGAUGUUAUGAGCAUACACUUCGUUUUGUCUGUAUUUGGCAUCAUUUUGUUGUCAUUACACCAAUUUGAGACCUCAUCCAUAGCUUGAUUUAAGUUUUCAUUGAGUUGGUUUAUGGUUUUCGCAGAUGUCGUAAUGGUAAAAUCAUCCGCAUACAUAUCUAUGUCACCAUGUGGGAUAGACAGUGGCAGAUCGUUAAUAAAGACAAUAAAAAGCAAGGGGCCCAGAAUAGAUCCCUGAGGAACCCCUUUCGUCAUAGGUAGUUUGGAAGAUAUUUUACCAUUAACAGAUAUUUUACCAUUAACAGAUGCAUAUCCUACAAUAAAUCAGCUUCAUUACCUCGUUUUCCCGGCACCCCUGGAAAUUCACACUGAAUUCCCUUGUUAUUUUUAUCUUCUUGGUGGGAUUACAUAUAUCGGAGAGUACGGCGUAUUUUGAGGUUUAGGGUCUUAAAGAGAUGUUUGUUAAAACUCUGUAGGUCAUAUCACAUGCCUUGAGAUGUUGAUUGAAAGCGGAGCAGAAGUUGACUGUAGAGAUAGAAAGGUAACUGUCUCGUAUGUUAAGUACACAGCAGGGGCAUGUGUAUAAGAAGACCGGAUAGCGGUAUGCACCGGAUAGUGACUUUUCAACCUUUGUACAGUGCAAUGCCUGGAAAGCAUGAAAACUACGCGUCGUGCCACGGUCUGUACUCUUUACCAGCCUCGUCCCCAGGCGAACCCGCGCGUCUGAGUUGGAGCCUGGGGAUGAGGCUCACUCUGUACCACCAACAAGAAAUCUUGUAAACCUGAGUUUAUAAGUAGUAUACUUUAAUCUGGGUUAAUACCGAUUAAUGGCCCAUGAUGCUUGACACAUCACUAGUACCCAGUAGGUAGGGCUAUUCAGCCUUCUUUCAACCGUCUCCAGAGCUAUAUUUGCAUGCCCUCAAAAUAUAAGAUCUGCGUGAGAAAGUCUUUCAUAGGGAAACACAAACCCUCAAAAUGAAUGACCCUCACUGACUUUAAACCAGGACUUGGGAGACGAAAUGCGUUUGUGCGGGCAAGAAGCUGUUAUCAACACGCUCGUUUCUUCCCUCGUAUAAUAGGGUGCGUCCUAAAACCCGAAGCUCUGUACAAUUUGAAAACUUUUAGAUGCAAUAUAAGCAAACCAGUCACGAUGAUUGGAGAAAAGUACUCAUUCAUUGUUAUACGUUCUAUGUUUGUAGAUGUACACUCCACUUCAUGCUGCAGCCGCUGGUGGUCAGUUGAAUGCUAUACGAACAUUAAUCAAUGCAGAAGCAAUGGUAAAUACAGGAUAUUACAUAUAUAUAGAAGCGUACUUUUUGGCCACACCGAAGUCAUUUUGUACUGGACAAUAUACAUUAUACAUUACUUUCGUACUGGACAAUAUACAUUAAUUUCAUACUGGACAAUAUACAUUAUACAUUAAUUUCGUACUGGGCAAUAUACAGUAUAUUAAUGCCGCCUUACAUUAUAAUGUCUUGUCCACAUAACGUUGAAUCAGCAGGAUGUGAACGGAAUGACGCUCUACCACAUUACUCGGAUGGAUAGAGUUGAUCAGGCGCGUGGAGAAUAUUGUUUCACCUUCCCAUCGUGCGUCACAACCGACCUUUUUCCCAACCACUGAUCUAUAUACUGCAUGCCACUGAUAUGUGCCAAAAGCUUAUAAGAGUCUUUAGCUAUUGAGUCAACUGGGGAGCGCACCGCACGCCAAAUAUUCCACGACGUAAGCACUGGACAAACUAUGAAACAUUGUUCUGGAAGCAUCUAAGAAUUCUGAUGUUUCCUUGCAUGAUAUCACCUUGUUUGCACUUCCUUGGAAACAUUGUCUCUGUGGAAAGAAAUUUUGCUUCCAGUUGAUUUCAUAUAAUAUAUACACUUUAAUACUAUACACUAUAAUAUAUAUAUUUUACCCUAAAUGUUGCACACUUUGUUACGAACUUCAUUGCGAAGUUCAAACGUUUGUUGGGUUUUUACUUUGAAAACAUAAAUUGAUAAAUUAUAGCAUUUGAACAUUUAAAUGUCAAAUCUCAAAGUCAUCCACAAGAAAGAGGCGAGUUUCUUAUGUUUAAUUUGUAAAAUAUUCACUGAAUUGUUUCUACUAGGUUGACAAUCCAAAUAGUUUGGGUAAUACUCCACUGCAUGUUGCUUGUUAUAACGGUCAAGAUGUUGUCAUUGAGGAGUUAAUUAACAGUGGGGCUAAUGUUAAUGCCGCUAAUAAGAAUGGCUUGGUAAGUACUAUUAAUUAUAACAAUUUACUGUACAUUUACUCUCUUUGUUACUACAGGGCCCUCUACCAUAGACACGUGGUCAGCGAGAAUGUAGUAAAGAGGGUUGGGAGACUAUUCGAUGGCCCUUAUUACCCCAUGUACGCUGUGAAGCUGCUGGUUUGAAGAGGACUUAUUAUGAGCUGUAUAUGGUCUGAAUAUGGUGGUGAUUCAUACUGUACAAAUACAGAGUAUAUAUAUACGCUGGAGUUUCAUUGACGUAUACUGUAUUUACAUAUAGAAACUAAAUACUUCCAUUCACAGAAAUUUUCCAAUGUUGAAAUAUUUUAUUUUGUAGACGCCUCUACACUACGCCGCAGCCGCUGAAAAUGCUGACAUGGCAAUGGAAAUUUUACUUCACGAAGGAGCGACUCCAAAUUCCAAGGUAAAAUUUGUUUCAAGUUUGCCUCAGAGAGAACAAUAAAUCUAGUUUAAUUUACCAGGUUAUAGUGGAAUAUGUAAUUAUUACCAUAGAGUAUUUUAAUAAAACACAAAACAAUAGAAACUCAUGUAAACAUUUUCAUUCUUUACGUUUCGACUAUUAUUUAAGUCAUCUUCAGAAGAAUCAAGAAGAAGAUUUCUUCUGAAGAUGACUUAAAUUAUAGUCCGGCGAAACGUAAAGAAUGAAAAUGUUUACAAUUUUCGGAGUGUCUAUUGUUUUGUGUUUUAUGUAAUUAUUAUAUGAGUACAAUAGUUUGUUCGGCAUUCAUUGUUUACAUUACAACUUCGGUGCGUUUUGCAACUAAGCUAAAUUGCUAUAAGAACGCAGCUCAAUCUGAUCGAUGGCUUUCUACGGGCCCCUUUGUCACCCAUCUUAUUGGCACACCUAUCUGGUCACGGUGCACACCCAGUUCAGCUACGGUGGAAGGGUUAAUUAGGGGCUAACCCCAACCUACCCUUUCAACAUUCCCUGUGGGAGGAAAGCGGGGUACGCAGAAAAACCCACGACUUUCGGUGGAGCGUUGACAAACUGUUUCACGUAAGUGUCAUGAGCCCACAGCGAGAACCAAACCCACGAUCUCAGAGGUGAUAGGCGCUUGCUCUAAUGAUUAGAGCUGUGCUCCGGAGUACCGGAGCUCCGGUAUGGAGCCGGAGUUUUGACUGCCGGAGCUAAAAUAACCGGAGUUUGCACAGCUCUACUAACGAUUGCACCAUCGAAGCCCCUUGUAUGUUGAAGAGAUCACUUCAAAUGGUCUUAGAGUAUUGUAAUGUAAGCAAUGAAUCAAAUUACAUUUUACAGUAUUCUAGAUUUUUGGUUUUGUUUGAAAGUUGUUUGCCAGGAUCUAUGUCAACCUUUGUUAAAUUAGCACUCCUUUUUUUUAACUUUUCACAGUGCAAGAAAGGGCAGACUCCACUUCACUUAGCAGCUUUGAGUGGAAGAAAUAAGCGGACGCAAACUUUACUUCAACACAGUAAGAAAUUUCAUGCAUUUCUUUGCUUCAUUUUCAUUUUUUGGAUAUGCAUGUUCUUAAAUAAUUAAGAACGGUUUCCAUUCUUGUUCAAACGAGAUAUUUUCGUAAGCAAAGAACUAGACUAAGAACAUAUCAUACAAUACUCCUAGUCUACUAUUAGAUUAUGUUCAGACAAUAUUAUAGGGAUAAGCGACGAUUUUGUCAACACAGACGUCUGAUUGCCGAGGGGGGACUGGGUUAAAAACUGUGUUUGUAUCAGUUUGUGGUACUCUUCAACAUAUAUGAAAUAACAUAAGCUAUGAUGCCAAAUGCCGCAAAAAAUAGACCUUUCCCCUUAUAACCAAAAUUUUGAUCUAGGCAAGUCUAGACAAAUAUUUCAUCACAGCUUGAAAGAGCAUCACAAAAUUAGUAAUAUUCCAAAGUUUCGUUGCGAAAUGUUGUAAAAUGAGGAAAAUAGAGUUUUGCGAAGUUUGCAAUUUUCAGUCAUUUUGCAUUACAAACGGGAAAUUGCAGUCCCAACACCCGAAUCGUAUGUCAAUUUCCCGUUUGUAAUACAAAAUGACUGAAAAACGGCAAACUUCGCAAGGCUAUAUUAUCCGCAUUUUACAAGAUUUUGCAACAAAACUUUGGAAUAUUACUAAUUUUGUGAUGCUCUUUAAAGCUAUGAUGAAAUUUUUGUCUAGAUCGAAAUUUUAGUUAUAAGGGCAAAGGGCCAUUAGUUAUUCGAAUUUUCGGAUGACGCCUGUGUUGACGAAAACGUCGCUUGUUUAAGCUCACUAAUAAUAUUAUUCAGACAUGUUCAAAGCCGUUUGUUCAUUGUAAAACUCCAUCUAAUAAACUUUUCUUCACGUCAAACAUGGAGGAACGCUGCGGCUCCCCAUGUUUUCCCGUAAAGAUGAUGAGAUAUGGAACAAUUCUAAACGGCAAUUCGCAAUGAUCGUUGCCGAACCAAUCAAAUUUCAUUUAGCAUCAUUUGCACUGCGAAUUGUGUCUAAAAAUUGUUCUUUGUAUUAUCGCAUUUCGCAUUUGACGGUUAACAUUGUUCCUCGUUUAUAAGACAUUCAAGUUUUAUCGUGAGCAGCUCACAUUUUACCAAAAUGUUAUCAGCUGUCCUAAACUGGAUGAAGAGAUCAUGCAGGACCAUAAGAAAAUAAACUUUGCCAUUAGAAAGUAAUAUCAGUAGAAAUGCAAAGUUUCAAGCAAUUUUUCCAAAUUUUGGGUACGAACAGUUUAAAUUUCAAAAAUAUUGGAAAUUACUAGGUAAUUUAUGCAUUUCAAAUUUUUAUGGGCAGAGAUCAAAAUGUUUUUCGUAAAUUUCGCGAUAUUUUAUAAAAGCUUGAUACAAAAAUGCUGAAGCACAAGCUAAACGUAUGUUAUGUCUUUAGCGGCUUUUGUAAACUCACCAGACGACAAUGGGAAUACUCCACUUCACCUUGGAGCUUAUUAUGGACAAGAGAUCGUAGUUUGUGUUCUCUUGGCUAGUGGUGCUGAUCAUAAAAAGUAAGUGUAACUGUAGCUACAUUUACAAAAAGAAGGCUUUAAUUUGCUUAAUUAACUUAAGCCCAUUUUGCACUAGGUGAAUUAGCCUUUCUUACGCCGCCAUUUUUGGGCGGCAACCUUUUUUAGAACAGGGAUAGUAAGCAGUGAAAAUGAAAUUUUCUAUAACUAUAGUUGUAAGUAGAAUCAUUAUAAAUCGAUUUACAGUUAAAUAUUUGAAAAAUUAUUUUCACAUCGUUUAGAUUUUUCACAUUGUUUACAAAAUAGUACCCAAAAAUGGCGGAUUUAGACCUUCGUGAGAAACGCUAAUUUGUUCGCGCGAAGCGAAAGACAAAUCUUGGCAAUGUGAUUGGUCAGCGAAAAAAUUCGCUGCGAAAAAGUUGGAUCUGACCAAAACUAGCUUUAUUUUUUACAGUACCUUUACAUAGCGAGCUGCUAGUACACCAGCUCAAUAUUUAUGUAAUUAGUGACGGUUCUAUUGUGCUGCAGGUACUUUAUUUAUUGUACACAUUAUAACCACAGGCAAACAUACACAGAUUUAACUCAUGUCUAAUGUUUGAUUUUGGUCACCUUUAACAGAAUGGGUUAUGAUGGAAUGAGUCCAUUGCAUAUGGCUAGCCUAGCUGGUCAUGUUGAAUGCUGUAGGAAACUGUUACAAUAUGGUACAGUACAAACUUAGUAUCUCGUACGUGAAUGUCCAGUGUAGUUUCUAUUUAACCUCUGUUUAUAGUGCCUGAACUCAGGGCAGGAAAAAAUUUUCUUCCUCAGAGCACAACCUGGAGACAAAAAUUUGACAAGUAUUUUUGUGCUAAAUCUGCAUGUGUAUAAAUAUAUAGUGUUCUAGCUGACCAUGAUUUUAAAUUCAAGGAAUAAUGUCUGUCAACCAUAUGUUGUUGCGCUCAUAGUGUGACAUGGGUGUUAAGGUUUCCUUCAAAUUUUUAACAGCAAAUCUUCAUUCAAACGAAUUCCCUGCAGCUGUUUAACAUUUCCUGCGAGCAGUGCUCGCGUGCUCACCUAUUUUUUCCACCCCUAACUACCAUGCAUGUACCUGCGAAGGAGGGUUAGCGUACUGUAUAUACGGGUCAUAGGGCAAGGUUAGGAUACAUACUGUAAGGGUCAGGGUUACUAGUUAACAAACCGCCUGACAAAGGGUUGGAACGUCCAACGCCAAGUGUUUUUAAUCUUUAAUUAGUUGCUUUUUGUUGUAUAUGUACAGUAUAUCAUCAGUAAUACGUAUUUUUUUAAAUUCUGCCAUUAGAGUUCUGUGAAUGAGGCACUCUCCUCACUGAUCUAAUAGUCUACUAUUAGAUCAGCGACUCUCCUCCUAAUCUACUGUUAGAUCAGUGACUCUCCUCCUAGUCUACUAUUAGAUCAGUGACUCUCCUCCUAGUCUACUAUUAGAUCAGUGACUCUCCUCCUAGUCUACUAUUAGAUCAGUGACUCUCCUCCUAAUCUACUAUUACAUCAGUGACUCUCCUCCUAGUCUACUAUUAGAUCAGUGACUCUCUUCCUAGUCUACUAUUAGAUCAGUGACUCUCCUCCUAGUCUACUAUUAGAUCAGUGACUCUCCUCCUAGUCUACUAUUAGAUUAGUGACUCCCCUCCUAGUGUAUUAUUACAUCAGUGAUUCUCCUCCUAGUCUACUAUUAGAUCAGUGACUCUCCUCCUAGUCUACUAUUAGAUCAGUGACUCUCCUCCUAGUCUACUAUUAGAUCAGUGACUCUCCUCCUAGUCUACUAUUGGAUCAGUGACUCUCCUCCUAGUGUUCUAUUACAUCAGUGAUUCUCCUCCUAGUCUACUAUUACAUCAGUGACUCUCCUCCUAGUCUACUAUUAGAUCAGUGACUCUCCUCCUAGUCUACUAUUGGAUCAGUGACUCUCCUCCUAGUCUACUAUUAGAUCAGUGACUCUCCUCCUAGUCUACUAUUAGAUCAGUGACUCUCCUCCUAGUCUACUAUUACAUCAGUGACUCUCCUCCUAGUCUACUAUUACAUCAGUGACUCUCCUCCUAGUCUACUAUUACAUCAGUGACUCUCCUCCUAGUCUACUAUUAGAUCAGUGACUCUCCUCCUAGUCUACUAUUAGAUCAGUGACUCUCCUCCUAGUCUACUAUUAGAUCAGUGACUCUCCUCCUAGUCUACUAUUAGAUCAGUGACUCUCCUCCUAGUGUACUAUUACAUCAGUGACUUCCCUCCUAGUGUACUAUUACAUCAGUGAUUCUCCUCCUAGUCUACUAUUACAUCAGUGACUCUCCUCCUAGUUUACUAUUAGAUCAGUGACUCUCCUCCUAGUCUACUAUUACAUCAGUGAUUCUCCUCCUAGUCUACUAUUAGAUCAGUGAUUCUCCUCCUAGUCUACUAUUACAUCAGUGACUCUCCUCCUAGUCUACUAUUAGAUCAGUGAUUCUCCUCCUAGUGUAUUAUUACAUCAGUGAUUCUCCUCCUAGUCUACUAUUACAUCAGUGAUUCUCCUCCUAGUGUAUUAUUACAUCAGUGAUUCUCCUCCUAGUCUACUAUUAGAUCAGUGAUUCUCCUCCUAGUCUACUAUUAGAUCAGUGAUUCUCCUCCUAGUGUAUUAUUACAUCAGUGACUCUCCUCCUAGUCUACUAUUAGAUCAGUGAUUCUCCUCCUAGUCUACUAUUACAUCAGUGACUCUCCUCCUAGUCUACUAUUAGAUCAGUGAUUCUCCUCCCAGUGUAUUAUUACAUCAGUGAUUCUCCUCCUAGUCUACUAUUAGAUCAGUGACUCUCCUCCUAGUCUACUAUUAGAUCAGUGACUCUCCUCCUAGUCUACUAUUAGAUCAGUGACUCUCCUCCUAGUGUACUAUUACAUCAGUGACUUCCCUCCUAGUGUGCUAUUACAUCAGUGAUUCUCCUCCUAGUCUACUAUUACAUCAGUGACUCUCCUCCUAGUCUACUAUUAGAUCAGUGACUCUCCUCCUAGUCUACUAUUACAUCAGUGACUCUCCUCCUAGUCUACUAUUGGAUCAGUGACUCUCCUCCUAGUCUACUAUUACAUCAGUGACUCUCCUCGUAGUCUACUAUUACAUCAGUGACUCUCCUCCUAGUGUACUAUUACAUCAGUGAUUCUCCUCCUAGUCUACUAUUACAUCAGUGACUCUCCUCCUAGUCUACUAUUACAUCAGUGACUCUCCUCCUAGUCUACUAUUAGAUCAGUGACUCUCCUCCUAGUCUACUAUUACAUCAGUGACUCUCCUCCUAGUCUACUAUUACAUCAGUGACUCUCCUCCUAGUCUACUAUUAGAUCAGUGACUCUCCUCCUAGUCUACUAUUACAUCAGUGACUCCCCUCCUAGUCUACUAUUACAGUGACUCUCUUCAUAGUCUACUAUUAGAUCAGUGACUCUCCUCCGCAGAGGCUUGUCGUAUUAAUCUUGGGGGUUUUCGGGCAUUUUUAUUAGUCUUAUACACUAAUUUUUUAACGGCGAGAGAGGGGGUACGUGGUACACAUUGGGAAAUUACCCGAAUGCCUUACAUAUUUCGGGUAUACAGCACUCGUGUUAUGUUAUUAUAAAAUUCUAAAUGAACUAAAACCGCAAACGCAUCUGCCAAGGAGAGAGUGAAUGAGGCAUAAUGCUGGAUCGGCAUUAGUUUUGAUAAAAAAAACCCAAAAUACAGUUUACAUGUAGUUAUUGUAUUGUAUUUUUACUGGGCUGUUUUCUUUUAAGGAGCGUCAGUAAAUAUCAAUGAUAACAACAACCGUACUUGUAUCCAUGCUGCAGCAUGUAGUGGGUAGGUACAGUAUAAAUAGGAGUUCGCUGUCUUCGUCCACUAACACAAUUUAUUAUAACAUCGAUGCUAACCCUAGCCUAACCCUAACAAUGAAACUUGACCAGUGUUGUUAAUAUUAUCGAUGCUGACUAGGGGCCGGUUGAAAUUUAUACCUUUAGUAUAUACAGUAUAUCUAUCGAGGGUCUUACAUGUUUAUUGUUUCACAGCUUUGCAAUCUUUUUUACAAAUUAAAGGUUGAAAAAUUACUAGUGUAUAUCCGGGGACGGUUGUAUACAGUUUAAAAAGGUAGUUGAAGUUAACUACAGUUCCUGAAGUUAACCAUUCAAAAUCGCACAUUUUAGAAUUAAAAUAUUUUGGUUAAGAAUUUUACACAACCGGCCCCAAGUGGAUCUAUCCGCGGCCUUUAUGCAUUUGGUCCCAGGACAGUAUAUGUUCAUCUUCGAUCAUCGCUUAACUUAUACCAAAUCCCAAUAAUUAACUUUAUAGAAGCCCUGCUUCAGGUAUGACAUACAGUGAAUACCAAGCGCUGAUGAGAUAGUAUUAAUGAUGUUGUAUCCUUUUCAGGAAUGUAGAUUGUCUUGAGCUGCUCAUGAGUAAUGGAGCUGAUCACCACGUGGCGGAUAAAUUUGGAAGGUAUUGUACUGGGAAAUGACAUACUCGUCGUACAGUAUAAACACUGAAGAUUCAUGAGAAAAUCAGUAAACCAUUAGCCAUACUUGAUCAACUAAUGUCACUUGAAGUUUGGUAAAGAAUAAAACUAUUUAGUAUAAUUACAUAGGUGAUUAUUGAAAAUUCUCCACGCUGAUUGGUUGCCGUUGUGGUGAUUAUUACGCGAUAAUCACCUAAGCGAUUUUCAAAAUGGCGGCCGAAUCCGUUUUGUCAAUUAAAUGACGAAGAAAUGUGCAUUUUUAAUUUUUUUUCCAAAUAAUCACCUAAAAAUUGAAAUUAUACUAAAACAAUUAUUCACCUCGGGCUCGGUGAUUAUCGUGAAUAAAAACCUCGACUUCGUCUCGGUUUUUAUACACCGAUAAUCACCUCGCCUUCGGCGAAUAAUUGUUAAAUAUUGGGUAAAUUAAGAAGAAUCCAUGCAGUCCUCGCUUUUCAUAAAAAAAAAUUCUGGGGAUCUAGCACGUGUGCGUAGAACACGAGCAACUAUGGAGACCUUCCAUCGCACUUCUGUAUUUUUCAUUCCAUGUAGAACUCCACUUCAUUAUGCCGCUGGUCAUGUUCACUACGAGAGUGUUGUAUUAUUGGUUGGAUCUGGUUGUAGUGUUAAUAAAUCCGAUACGAAAUCCUGUACAGCAUUGCACUAUGCAUCAGCCCAUGAUGAAGAUGCUAAGUAUGAUAUACUAUUGGGAUCAAUUGAAGUAUUCCACCCCUAAGCUGCAUAUAACUGCCUCGAAUUGAAAAAAAACCUUUUGUUUUUGUCCUGGAGUAGUCCACUUCAUGACUUAAACCGUGUUUUUAACUGGAUAUACAGUAGAGUAGUAGAUACUAUCCCUGUAUAACAGUGUAUAACAAUUACACUAGCUGGUUUAAUGAAAGCAAUCCCCGAACAAAUUAUAUUUACGACCCAAUGUUUUGACACCCCUGGCUAGAGGUCUAAUGCCCGUAUUCUAAAAUCUCACUCACACUCAAUGAGUGGAAGUUCAAUCUGAGCUUCUCUCGAGUCUCGUUGCUGUUUUUGAAUAGCUGGAGGGUUAGUGUAGUACCUUACUAUGUGACUAUACUCACCCUCCAGCUAUUUAUAAAAACAGCGUUGACACUCAAUAGAAGCUCAGAUUGAACCUCCACUCAUUGAGUGUGAGUGUGAGCACGGUUAAUAGAGGUGCGAGUGAGCUUUUAGAAUACCGGCGUAAGUGUUUUUCUCAGGUGAUCUAAGGUCAAAUUUUGGGUGAGGAUCGUGAAUAUAAACUUCAAAAACUGUUUUAAGAUAUUAAAUGUCCACUGUAUUCCAAAAUAUACCAUGAAAUAUCGUAAGUUUGUUUAUUAUGGUGAACACUAAGCCCAGCCCCAUUAUUUUUAAAGUCCCUGAAAAAAUGCUGAUUUUCUAGUUGCUAACUAAUGUCGCACCACUUUUUUCAACCAUGAAAGCCUGGUAUGCUUUUGGGUUUGAGAACUAAACUUUGCAGGAGCAUCAGUAGUGCAGUAUGUUGCAACAUAUUCCAUAAAUUGGCAACUCUGUAUUUCAUUGUUGUCGUUACUGUUUUUGUAUCAAUAUAUGAAUUUUUAAUUUCUUACUUUCUAGGGUUGUCGAGCACCUACUAACGAAUAACGCCAACGCGAGUAAGAGAGACAAGAAGGGAUUUACGGCCAUUCAUUAUGCUUCUGUGAAGGGAAAUAAACUCUCGAUAGAAAUGGUUAGUGUUUUUACUGUAUAUCCAUGAUAAUUUCAGAGAGAAGUCUAAUUAACAAACCGGCGGAAGAAUUUUUUGGGUUAUCACUUUUUUCGACUUUGCCUUGUAACCAGGCCUGAUUCAGUUGGUAAAGUUGUAGUAGUUAAAGUCAGGUUUUAAUAAUUAAAUUAACUGAUCCCAACCACCCCUAGGACCGAAGAGAGUUAAAGCUACGUUAAAGCUCCUGAAAAUGACUUCAGCUAACUGCAAACCCGGAUCAGAAGAUCCUGGGUGCACUGAAAUAUUAAUUGAAAUAUCCUACUGUAGUAUCAUUUUGCAAGGUUUAUUCUUGCUGUUCUCAGAUUGAAUAAGCUAGAAACCGUAAAUGCUCAUUGAAAUCAUUGAAGUACGACAAUGUUUUUAGCAUCGACUGUUUAUCCUUAGGGGCACAUGACGGUAUUAAAUGGCACCAUUCAUAAAUCUCUUUAAAUAACACGCAAUAUGUUACUCUGUUUUAGUUAUUAGAUCAUUGUUCUGCAGACAUUUUUAACAUUAGUUCUGGGUCACCAUCAUUAACACCAUGUCAUUUAGCGGUAAGUAUUACUUCACCUUUGUUAUAAUACAGUAUAGAGAGUGUUUCCAACACGAUUUCUUACACUGUCGAAUUUGAACUCGGACCUUGGGGACCCCGGUCCGUCUCUAGGCGAGUUUUAACCAUUUCAAGCGUACGAAAUAUUUUCUGGAGGACGUAACGCUAUCAUUGCGAAGAGUUGCCGUGUUCAUCAGAGAAAUAUGAAGGAUGGUUCUGUAAUAAUACAAUGUCAAACUCAUUAAUAAUUCAUGAGUAAAUUAGCCAACCAUAUUGCUUUAUUUUGCUCACAUGAUAAUACUGGAAACCUGGGGCCGGUUGUAUAAAAAAGUGAUUAAAGUUAACUAUAAUUAAGUGGAAACGUCAUCCAAUAAGAAGCGCGUAUUUGAGAGUUAAUCACUAUUUAACUACUAAAUAGUGAUUAAAAAAGUGAUUAAGAGUUUUAUACAACCGGCCCCUGAUGAAGUACAUUGAUCCUGUCCUAGGACUGGAUCCAAAUUAAUUCAGUCCUUGGACUGAAUCAAAAUUAAUUAAGUAGUGAUUUAUUCGCAUGAGAUGUCAUUUCAAAUCCUCCAAUUCGGACUGGACUAGAUUUCAGUCCUCGCAUUUUUAUCCAGUCCUCGGCUUCUCCUCGGGCUUGAUCAAAUUGAGCGGACUUGAAAUCUAAUCCAGUCCUCAUAGUCGGAUUUGAAAAUUGAAAUAUUACGUAAAAUACAUGGUUUGGAAACACGUGAUUUGUGUCGUCAUGGUAUACAGUAUAGAAACACUUUGCAACAUUACAGUAGUUAGCCCUUGAUGAAAGUGAGAGUUUGCAAACCAUGUAUACAUACAUACAUAAUACUUUAUUUUAAAACGCUAGCCUCAUCAACAUCAGCUGUUUUUCAUGAGGGGCGUGUUAACUAACUAAUUACACAAAUAAUAUGUACAAAUUAAAGUUACAUGAAGCAUACAAAGACUAACAGGUAGACAAAAAUAUAUAAACGAAACAAAUAAAUAUUAUUGAGGACAAGUCAGCUUCACCUCGCCGUAGAUUUUAUAAUUCUCUUGAAUGAAUAAACGGAAUCAACGCUUUUUGGCGUUUUUGCUUCAAUAGACAGAUUAUUCCAAUGGAUAGCUCCAUUGUAUUUAAACUUCUUUUAAGAAUUCUUUCUUUGGUUUUGGUAAUACUAGAUCAGUUGCACGAUAGUCGUUUUAUAUUAUUUUAGGCGUUUAACGGCCACUUCACAGCCCUCGAUGCUCUACUACAGUCAGCAAUCAGUCCUGAUGUCCAAGAUAGUGAUGGUAAUUUUUUAUGUUUGUCAGUCUUGACGCUGCUAUCCAGAGGCUGGUUCUAUACCAGGGAUAGCGAUUUUUUCAAGCUUUCUGAAAUUAUCCGUUGACUGGUAUAACCCAUAUUUAACUUGAGUAUUAAUAAAUUAAAGUUUAUUUUUUAUUAAUUGCGAGGUCCUUAUCAAAGGUUUCAUAGCUUUUCAGGCAUUUUUAGAAAGGUUGAAAAAUUGUCCGCCGGAUAACGCUAUUUGGCCUUCGUACAACCUGCCCCAAUUAUGCAUUUUACGAAAAGUAUUGAACCUUAGUUCAAGUGUGCAGCAUUUAAUGGUGUGUAUGAAUUAGUGUAGACAGCGUCUGCUAGGGAAUAGAGAGGUUCAGAUUUGACUUCCACUACCUCUCACUGUCUUAGUACGCCGCAUCUGAUUGGUUAAUCGGAUAUACCAAACGCAUCUGAUUGGUUAAAAUAGGUUGGUUAAUCAAAUCCGAACCUCUGAUUGGUUAGUCAAAUCCGAACCUCUCCAAUAUCUAGUGUCCGGGAAGUUAUUUCCUGACACUAGGGGAGAAACCAGGACACUAACCCAUUGAGUGACAGCUGAUUAAAUGCGCAACAAAGCUGUAACGAUCUUGAAAGCCUUGACAAGCUAUAAUUUAUGUAAACUUGCAUGACAUGUACCGCAAAACGUUUCAAGAGCUGAUAUGCGGAGCAAGAAAGGUGCAAUUAAGGUGUUGGCAACUAAAAUUCGCACCCCCGAUGACAUACGCAACUGACGUAUUAUAUCACGUUUUUGUCAUUAAAUGACAAAAUAUUUUAUUUUUAUUUUUUCUUCAUAGGUCGUACUCCUUUAGAUUUAGCUGCCUCGCAUGGUCAUUGGUAAGUACAGUAGUUUACAUUAUGGUCACGACUAAAACGUUGUUAGUCUAUCGAGAUAUGGUCUGGGAACUCGGUAAACUUCAAAGUCUCUAUAAUGAGUCAUGAUUUUAUAUUGAGACGGUUUUACCGUGCACAAAUCUUUUGAAAUUUCGCUUAGCAAGUAGCACGGUUGAGUGACUGGACGAGAUGAUUUCAUUGGAUGGUUGCUUUAUUAUGCUAGAUUCUAAAUUUAUCUUCAUUGUUAUGUAUUUACAGCGAAUGUGUCGAAAUCUUGUUGAUGCAUGGUGCGACAGUUUUAGUCCAUGAUGCUGUUAUGAGAAGAACACCAUUACACGCUGCUGGUGAGGAAAUGCCAACUACAUUACACAACAAUUUUGCUUUUGUUUCUCGCCACCAUGUUGUAUAUGACUGAAUAAACAUUUAUCCAAUCCUCUUCAUACCACCUCCCUAGAACAGAUACUUCUCUGUUACACACAUUUUUUCAAUAUCCCGGACAUAUUCUCGCACAUUAGAGAGUUUCAACAAGCGACGUUUUUGGACACGUACAGUACGCCAACCGGAAGUCAAUCGAACCGUUAAAGUGCUGACCCAUCACUCGCCUAGUCUGCGUAACGGCCCUAGCCCCCCCCCCCCCCCCCCCCCACGCAAGCUAACACUCGCCAAUUAUAACGGAUCGAUUGACGUACUGUACAUGUUGUCAAAAACGUUGCUUGCUUAAGCUCUAUAUUGUUUAUAAAAACCUCUAAUACGGACCGUCGGACUCUCCCUAGAGAGGUUGGACUGUACUAUCUAUGAUCAUAUUCUAGUCAGGCCUAAAAUACUUUAGUUAAUAAUGGGAAAAGUGACUUGCAUGUGCCGUUUAAUUCAAAGUUUAAUUCAAACUGGAUAGUAUUUUAAAUCCUUGCACACUUGGUUUCUUUGGUUUCUAUUUUACUUCUUAACAUUUUCGGGGGUUUUUGAACGACAGUCUCUUUAUAUUCACAGUAAUAAUAUAAACCUUACAUGAAACCUUAUAUAUUUUAAGCUUACAAUGGUCACACAGACUGCAUCAGAACUAUUCUACAAAAUACGAAUGUUUCCGAUGUGAUCAAUUCAACGGAUUUACAGGAAAGGUUUGUAUGA